AUGUGGGAGGUCCUUGCGCCGGAGCUUAGGCUCCUGGUUAGGUUCCCCGGUAAAGCAGACCAGUCGACGGCAGCUGUACGCGCCACUGGCACUCACUACUGGCUCCAGCAAAUGGUCCAAAUACAACCGCUCCAAGCCAGCCUCCUCAGAUAUGCAGUAGCCGAAGAUAGUCUCGAACUUUGCCCCGUCGAGGAGAAUCAGGUUCCGCAGCGAUAG